GUGGAAGGCAAGGCGGCGAGUAGCAGCCGCCGCAGCCCGCAGCGGCCAGCGGGCGAGAGCGAGAGCGCCACCAGCAGACCUCUCGUGUCUCUCGUCACGCUCCCCCUCCCUCUUCGCUUUACUACGCCUUCUCUCUCUCUCUCUCUCUUGUCUCUUCCCCUCCUUUUCCACCCGGCGACGGCGAGCGAGAACUGCCGGGCCCCAAAAGAGGCCGCAUUCUUGGUGCUUUCUGAACCUUCUUUACUUUGUCCUCAAAUGGCCUCCUCGCCCUCUCCACAUCUCCCUUCACCAUAGGCACAGGCACCUCUCCCCUCUGCAAGCUCCUCCCUUUCUCGCCUCUUGGUUCUUGCUCUGUCUGUCAGCCCAGAGGCAGAGAAACCCAGAAUCAAUGGUGGCCAUGGCGGCGCCAGGGCGAGCGGCGCUCCUGGCCGUCGCGCUCCUCUUCGCCGCCUUCUUCCCGUCAGCGUCCGCCGCGUCCUCGUACCCCGCAAGGAUUGCGGGCAGGCUCCUGUCCACCACGGCGUCGGCGGUGGCCAAGCAGUUGUGGUCGCUCAAAUCGGCCGCCACCAAGACGGCGACGGCGGCCGUGGCGGCGCGGCCCAAGGUGCGGUACGAGGGCGGGUACGCGGUGGACACGGUGUUCGACGGCAGCAAGCUGGGGAUCGAGCCGCACGCCGUCGAGAUCACCCCCGCCGGCGACCUCCUCGUGCUCGACUCCAUCAACAGCAACAUCUACAGGGUCCAGCUGCCGCUGUCACCAUAUAGCAGACCAAAGCUCCUUGCUGGUUCUCCAGAAGGUUUAUCUGGCCAUGUGGAUGGAAGGCUGAGAGAAGCAAGGAUGAACCAUCCUAACGGGUUCACUGUGGACGAUAAGGGCAACAUUUAUGUCGCAGAUGCUAUGAACAUGGCAAUAAGAAAGAUCAGUGAUACAGGGGUUACAACCAUUGCUGGGGGGAAAUCAAUUAGAGGAGGGCACAUAGAUGGGCCCAGUGAUGAUGCAAAAUUCUCAACUGAUUUUGAGAUCCAGUACAUCAGUAGUAGCUGCUCUCUCUUGGUCAUUGAUAGAGGAAACCAAGCAAUUCGAGAGAUUCCACUCAACGAUGAUGACUGUGCAUAUCAGUAUGAAACUGGUUUUCCACUAGGGUUUGCAUUGCUUUGUGCUGCUGGUUUCUUUGGUUAUAUGCUUGCAUUGCUCCAACGCCGCCUUUUCGGGAUGGCAUCAACGACAGAUGAACCUCAAGCGCCUCCAAGACCAAGUAUUGCAAGUAUCCCUCCAUACCAGAAGCCUUUAAAUCCUUAUGUUCGUCAACCAUUCAUCCCUAGAGAAGAAACUGCAAAACAGGAAACUGAAGAGGGGUUCUUCACUUCAGCUGGCAAACUCAUUGGAGGGGCAAAAUCAUCUGUGGCUGAGAUAUUUGGUUUAAAGAAGAAGCGCCUGAGCAACCCAUACCAUCAGCAGCAACGAAGAGCUAACCCUUGGCCAGUGCAAGAAAGCUAUGCCAUCCCACAUGAUGAACACCCUCCAGCACUGGACACAAGAGCGCCAACCCCUCAGAAGAACUACAGCUUGAUGACAAAGGAGCCUGAAAAGAUCCACUAUGUCCGCCAUGGGCACCCGUAUUUCAAUAGCUGGGACGGUCACCGUCACCCUCAGCAGCAGCCAGACCCGCAACUGUAUCACCAACAGCAGCACCUGCAGCAGCACAGGCAGUACUCUGCAGGCCCACAGACAUUUUACGAGCAGAGCUGUGAGGCUACAAAUGAGAUUGUCUUUGGCGCAGUCCAGGAGGUGGACAGCAAGCGGCGCAUGGUCGAGAUCAAGGCUGUGAACUAUGGAGACACAUUCUAUGAGCAGUACGGGAUGCGCUACCGCAACAAUUUCAUCGGCUACAACAACAAUAAUAACUAUUGAACAGCCCAUCUAUUUUAAUUUUCCCUGCCUCCUUUUUUUUUUGUUUUGCCCGUCUUAGUUACAUGGUUAGAUUUACUGGUCGUCUCCUUAUUUCCAAUCCUCCAUAUUCCCUGUAACAAAAAAAUAGAAGGUGGAGGCAGCAGAAGCUAUCACCUGUUUUAACUUGUACAAUGGGGAAACUGGGUUUUGGAAGUACAUCGUGAUCAUAUCUUCCUUAGACUUUCUGAUGUAUGUAUUUUACUGACAUAUCUCAGACUAGGUACAGCAAUAACUUCUUACAUUCCUGCACUUUU